UUGGCCAGCCGUUGUUUCUUUCCGUUGCUCUCGGUGACAACUGGGAGCUGAAACAGUCGGUGGUUUACUGGCUACUAAAGUGAGAAAUAUGCGCUCACUCGUCGGACUAAUCGCUGUAGUUGUGUUAGCCAGCUUGUACCUGUACUCACUGUCCCUGUACCUGCCCGCGGCACCCCGACGACGUCCUCAUCCAGCUGCCGAAAGAGAACAUGUGGACACAGCAGAGUCUGAGCGGCCCCCUGACAGCUCAGAAGAAGCCAGCAGGCUGAAGUUCCCUUCAGACUUGGAGGAGCUGAGAGAACUGGCUGAGCUUCUGCAGUUUUACAAGACAGAGCACACUGGAUAUGUCCUGCUACUCUUCUGUAGUGCAUAUCUGUACAAGCAGUCCUUUGCCAUUCCUGGAUCCUCGUUCCUGAACAUUCUUGCAGGAGCUAUAUUUGGACCAUAUCAAGGACUGCUGCUAGCCUGUGUGCUCACCACUGUGGGCUCCACCAUGUGCUACCUCCUGUCCCAGGCCUUCGGAAAGCACUACAUUGUGAACCUCUUCCCUGAUAAAGUCUCCAUGCUACAGAGGAAGGUUGAGGAGAACCAGGACUGUCUAUUCUUCUUUCUGCUCUUCCUACGAUUCUUUCCCAUGACACCCAACUGGUUUCUGAACAUGUCUGCCCCGAUUGUAAACAUCCCGAUCAUGUUCUUCUUCUGCUCAGUCUUCAUUGGUCUCCUGCCGUACAACUUCAUCUGUGUCCAGACAGGCGUCAUGCUAUCUGAGGUAUCAUCGCUUGAUGACUUGUUCUCCUGGGAGCGGCUGCUGCAGCUGCUGGCCAUCGCCUGCAUGGCUCUGCUGCCCGGUGCCCUCAUCCGCCACUACAGUCAGAGGCGUCUCAAACUGGAUGUCCGGUCACAGAAUGGACUCAUCACAGAUAAGAAGGUCCAGUGAUUUAUUCUGUAAAUGACUUUGUUCUUGGUGUUUUGGUGUGCUCUGCCCUCAAGAGUGAAUGUAUGUGAAGUGGAGACUCACAAAACCUUUGCACACACGUGUGUGUGACAGCCUCUUUUAUCUGGAGUGCUUUAUUUCUCUGGAGCCACCUGGACAUGGGAAAGGGAUUUUAACUUUAAAAAAAAUGAUGAGACUGUCACAGUGGGAUUUGAAGCUGAGUGUGCUGUGUUACCAAAUGUUGGUGUUUCUGUACCACAACAACAGCAUACACAGCAUCUGUAUAUAGAUGUGUGUGUGUACAGUAUUCAUAUUGAGAGGGGGAAGGAUUUUUUAGGAAAAUUUGCUCCUGCACUCAUUAUAUUAUUAAGUGAGUGUUCAAAGUGCCUGAACUUCUACCUCCAGCAUGAACACGCGGAAAAAUGUAUGUAAUAUUAAAAGCCUACCUAUGUUUGUACGAGCUGGAUGGUUCAUAUGAUCGUUUUGUUGGGUUCAUGUAAACAAUGUUAUUUGUAACUGAAAUACUAUUUGCAGUAUAAACUACACAACUUGAAGUUGUAUUUUACUUGUUUGACAAUCACAUUUUACAAUUUCAGUGUAAAUUGUAAUAAAGUAUAUAGGGCAGUUUUUUUUUUUACUAUUUUUCAACUCUGAACUGUUUUUCACAUUGUACAGUGUAAUUUAGAGACCAGUAUUUGGCCUCAGAAAGACCAGAGUACCAUGUCCACAUGUCAUUCUGAGGAACCAGUUGAAUUAUAUUACGAUUUUUGUGACUAAAUGUACAGCCCUGAUUUAAUGUGUCUUGAUGUUAAUGAGCUGGAUUCUUAUUUGAAAGUGAAUGUGCAGUUAAUUCAGGCAGUGUGAGGCCUCUGUUAAAUCAAGCUUUAAUAUUGCUUCAAAAUCCAUCUUUGCUGCCUCUUAUCAUGUGUGUUGAAGAGCAGCAUUCUGGUCCUACUGCGUGUGUGUUUCAUAAAGUGUUAUUUUCUUUCUUCAUGUGGGUUAAAGUGUAAAAUGUUGUCUCUGCAAUUUCGUUUCCCCAGACAUGUAAAUUCUUUUAAAUAUAAUUCAUGGCAGUGACAUUUGCAGUAUGUCGGAUCACAAAUGAUGUGGCACUUUUUUUAUUUCAGAAGUGGAAAAAUCUUUGAAAUAAUAAAACGGUAAA